GAGGGAGGGAGGGAGGGAGGGAGGGAGGCAGAGGUUUUUGAAAUCCGGCCAAUAACUCCGGCAAAAAGGGCCGAUAAGAGAAAAAGAAAGCGGCAAUCCCCGCUUGCUGCUCUGCUUUCCCUUUUCUUUCCCCUCUCACUCCCGAACCCUCCAAUCCCCAUCACGGUCGCCUCUUCGUGUCCUCGCUCUCUUCUCUCUUCGGCAUUUCAUCAAAUAUCUUGCAGUACUCAAAAUCUACGAAUUCUCUCUCUGAAACAAUCUUUCCCCUCUCCUCCUGAAGGACCAAGUUAAAUCUUAAGCCUUUAUAUGUAAAAGAUGAGGGACAGAAAUCGGAAAUUCACCACCUAAAAAUGAGCUUCUUGGAUCGUCCAAUAGCCUUUUACGUAGAUAUAAGGAUUUUGAGUACAGUUAGUUGUUGGUGUUUGGCGCCAUUCCCUCGUCGGUUUCGGGUCAGAGGAGAAUGUGGCUAUUAGGUUGAGUUUCGACGUUCCAGGGGAUCGUCAUCGCCUUUGCCCUCGGCAUUGAGAGAGAUGGGAGGUAGAUGGAGUCUUUUCGAGCUACAGCUGUACAAGUUCUUGUGGGUUGUCUUGAUGCUUCACCUGCAUAGCGAUGAAUGCCUGUCGCUGAAUCUUGAAGGAUUGGCUUUGUUGGAGUUUCGCUCGAAAGUGGAGGCUGAUCCUUAUGGCGCCCUCGAAAAUUGGGACCCUUUGGCCGACAACCCAUGCGAUUGGUCAGGUGUUCAUUGCAUUGAUGGUAAAGUAGAGAUUUUGGACUUAAAAGGAAUGUCUUUGGGUGGAAUGCUGGCACCUGAUCUUGGAAAACUUGGCCAUUUGAGAUCUCUUGUGCUUUAUAAGAAUAAUUUCUCAGGAGCUAUCCCUAAGGAGAUUGGAGGCCUGACCAUGUUGGAGCUCAUGGAUUUGAGGAGUAAUAAUUUGAGCGGGAGAAUUCCAGUGGAGAUAGGGGAAAUGCUAUCACUUAAGUGCCUACUGCUUUCUGAUAAUAAAUUUCAAGAUGGCAAACUUUGGAUUGAGAAGCUUAAUAUGCUUUCUGAGAUGGAAUGUAACCGAAGCCAUUCUGGUGAUGUGGCUACUGAAAUUGGCCGUAUAAACAGAAAGGUUGGACGGUGGGUCAAGUUCAAAAGGGGCUUUCCAGCACACUAUCACAGAGGGAAACAAUGCAUUGACUUAUCAAGUUUCACUGAGCCAUAUCUUGUGGAAAAUGCACCACACAUUGUAAAUUCUGUUCGUCGUAAGCUACUUGAGGAGGCUCACAAUCUCCCUGCUGCUCCAGUAGAAGGUGCCGUUCCUCAAGAAUCUGUUGAUGUGCCAUCUAUUGGAACUGGCUCAUUUCAGGCAGUUCCACAACAUGGGAGUGUUAAGGACCUACUUGCGGCGCCUGCUUCUACUUCACCUCAUACCAAAGGCACACCUCCAAAGAAAAGCAAUACAAAUGACAACAACACUGCACUAAGUGGAAUAGGAAAGUGGGCAUAUAUUCUCAUACUUCCAGGUAUUGUUUUACUUCUUACUAUUACUGGAAGCAUUUUCAUGUGCCGCAGACAGGGAGGGAGAAAAAAGGGUCCUUGGAAGACUGGCCUAACCGGUCAGUUGCAGAAAGCACUCAUUACAGGGGUGCCAAAAUUACAACGAUCAGAACUGGAAGCUGCUUGUGAGGACUUCAGCAACAUUUUAAAUUCUUAUCCAGAUUGUACUAUGUUUAAGGGGACAUUGUCAAGUGGAGUUGAGAUAGCUGCUAUCUCUACCAACAUUGCAUCUGCCAUAGAUUGGUCAAGGCGUUCAGAAAUGCGGUUUAGAAGAAAGAUAGACACUUUAUCACGAGUAAAUCAUAAAAACUUUGUCAAUCUUAUCGGUUACUGCAAGGAAGAUGAACCCUUUAUGAGGAUGAUGGUGUUUGAAUAUGCUCCCAAUGGGACUCUAUUUGACCAUCUUCAUGUCAAAGUAUUUGAACCUCUUGACUGGGGUGCUAGAAUGAGGAUUAUUAUGGGCAUAGCUUAUUGCCUUCAGUACAUGUACCAUGAGCUAAACCCACCUGUGUCAUUCCCUGUUCUGCAAUCAAAUUCUAUCUUUCUGACAGACGAUUAUGCUGCCAAGAUUGCCGAUCUCAGUAUGUGGAAAGAAUUUACUGCAGCAGCUGCUAAACGAAAUGCAUCUGGGGACGAUCCAGAUCUCCCUGAAUCACCUCUCAGUGAUCCUGGGACCAACGUCUACAGUUUUGGAUUACUUAUGUUAGAAAUCAUUUCUGGAAAGCUUCCAUAUUCUGAAGAGCAAGGUUCCCUCCUGAAUUGGGCUACGGAAUAUUUGAAUGAUAAGCAUAACAUUAGGCAUCUGGUUGAUCCCACAUUGAAGAAUUAUAAAGACAAGGAGUUAGAUAUUGUAUGCGAGGAAAUUCAAGAGUGCAUUCAUCCAGAUCCAAAGCACAGGCCAAAUAUGAAGGAGAUAACUGCUAAACUCAGGGAAGUGCUGGCGAUCUCACCUGAUGCAGCAACACCAAGACUUUCUCCUCUAUGGUGGGCAGAGCUUGAGAUCCUCUCAAUGGAAGCAAGUUAAUAGAAAAAUUGUAGCUGGUUAGCUCCAUUGUAUUCCCCGUUGUAGAGUUAAUGCAAAAUGUUUGUGUGAGUGUUGACUCUUGUUGUCCCAUGUUGAUUUCACUGUACCUCCCACUCUCUUCCAUAUCCCGCCUAGCAGAAUUCUUCCCUAUUCUUUUUCUUCUCUACUGGCAGUUUCAAUAAAGUGUGAUCCAAGGGGUCAUACACGGUUUAUUUAAUCU